AUGAAAGCAUCUCAAAGCCGGCAGAAAUCAUAUGCAGAUCAGAGGCGAAAACCCUUAGAGUUUGCACGGAGAUCAGUCUUUCUCCGAGUUACUCCUUACACUGGUGUUGGAAGAGCUAUUCGAGCGAGGGAAAAUGUUCCCCCUAAGUACUCGCUUAGGAAAUAUGUUGCCCGAUCCGACUCAUGUGUGGAGGUUGAAGACGUCCAAGUGAGGGAAGACUUAUCUGUCGAGGUGCAACCAGUGAGGGUAGAGGAACACCAAACCAAGCGGCUCAAGGCAAGGCAGUCAGACUGUCAAGUUAUCUGGGACGAAAGAACGGCGCGACUCCAUGGGAAUGGAGGAAGAGAUGCAGAG